UUGAUUUCCGUCAUUUUCCAGGUCCUAGAGCACAACACCUUCCACCAUGCACCCGGACAAAGAAAAUCGGGAAAGUUCUACCGUAAUGAAGAUGGCACUUCAAGCACUGAACGGUUACCACAUUCUGACGACGAGGGAGAACUGAGAAGUGAAGAAGAAUCCGAUAUCAGUGAUGACAAGAGUUCCGAAGAAGGCGAGGUUUCGUCUGAACUGGAGGAGAUGGAGUUAAUCGGAGAAAACUCUCCGGCUAAAGAAGAAACACCCUGGGAACGUGGUUUGCGUCUGGCGCGUGAGCGACUGGAACGUGCGAAGCUGCUGAAGGCUGCUGAAAAGGAUUUGGCGGAAAAACGUAUGAAUCUGGAAGUUCCCACUUCGGCCGUCGAUCAAGAACUGGAAAAGGUUACAAGAGAAGACGUUUUUUGGCCCUGCUAUUAUCAAGCGCUUAUCAUCGGUCGCACUGAGCUCACCGGCCAUAGAUUUCUACCGGAAGACCUCCUACCACCCACUGCAGGGGAAACUGCAGAAUGGCGGCGUGGUCUGGACGGUGGUCGCCACACUCACCGUCAACACCGGUACCGACGAGCGACUUCACAAUCAUCGUCUUCAUCAGCAUCCAGUUCUUCAAGAUUUUCUUCACCUGCUUCUUCUGAUGGUUCGUCGGGAUGUUCUUCUCUGGCAUCCGUCGCCGCUUCUUGGAAAGCGACUUGUGCUAAGGCGAUGAAGGACUACUUGGAUUCACCGCUCGGCGCGAAAGGCCGCCGAGGUCGUUACAAUCAUGCUCGCUGGCGUCGUGGUCAGAGGGGUCACUCAAGCCGUUCUUCAGCAUCAUCUAGUCGUUCUUCUGAUUCUCGCUCUCCAUCUGAUAUGCCUCGUAGUCGUGCCGUUUUAACCGGUCAUGGUCAUAUUGCCGGCAAGCUAGCCACCCAAGGGGUACGCCGAAUGUGGCCUGAAGAUAAUCAUCGAUCAAGAAGAGGCCAGUCAAGAUCUAAUCGAUCGUCUUCUGGGUCCGGAUCCCGGUCUCAUUCAUCGCGGGAUUCCUCCGAUCCCAGUCGGCGUAGAUCAUGGAACUACCGUAAGUGCAAUUUUGCAACUGCAAUGCAUAUACAAAUUUCAAAUUCAAAUUUUUAUUAUGGAAUAUAA